ACAAUCACCAUCCCACGUCUCGACGCGCCGACUACCGCAUCAUCCAAUCCCUCCUCGUAUCACGUCCCUUAGCCCAUUGUUAUUCGAUCGCAAUACCAAUAUCCGCGGCAUUCGGUAAAAAAAUCGCGCGAUUUGCCUACCAAACACCCCCACCCCCAGAACCAUGGCGAGCGACAAAGCCAUCACCAACGCCAUUUUGGAGACGGUGCGCGAGCUCUUCAAAACGGAUAUUGAUGCGCUGAGCGUGAAUAAUGUGCGCAAGAUUGUGGAGAAGCAGUUAGAUCUCUCCGCCGGCUUUUUGAAGGGCGACGCGUGGAAGGCGAAGAGCAAGGAGAUUAUCACUGGAGAAGUCGAGAAACUAGAUGAAGGCGCCUCAGCCCCCGAAUCCCCAGCUCCAGCGCCGAAACCGAAAUCGAAACCCGCACCAGAGCCAAAAGUAGCGAAGAAACCCGAACCAGUCAAGAAAGGCACCAAGCGCGCUGCCCCAACAAAGGCAGCGGCCCCGAAAAAGAGGCAAAAGAAGGAGGCCACGCCCAGCUCAUCGGAUGAGUUGAGCGAGCCGGAGAGCGAGCCAGAGGAAAGCGAGGAGGAAGCGGAGUUCAGUGAUAGCGAUGUGAGCGAGGCGCCGAAUACGAAGAAACGCGCUGGAGGUGGACGGGGGAAGAAGGGCAAGAAGGAGGAGACGGAGAGUGAAGAGGAGAGCGAGGCGGAGGAGACGCCUAGUGAGGGUGACAGCGAUGCUAGUGAGGCGCCGAAGAAGAAGAGUGGAAAGCCGAAGGCUAAGGCAAAGGCGGCUCCUAGGCGCGCAUCUACUGCUUCCAGGAAAUCGAGCGAGAAAGUUGUGUCUGAGGAUGAAGAUGAGGAGGCAGCAUCUCCGGUGAAACCUAACCCGGUUGUGGUCGCGAAGUCGAAACCGCUGCCUACAGUUGAGAAACCAGAGGCCGAGGACGACGAAAAGCCAGAUACCACCAAGCAGGCAGCCGAGGACUCCGAUUCCGACCUCUCAGUUCUCAUCGACGAGCCGCCCAAACGCUCCAAGUCAAACUCCAAAUCCGCAAAGCCAUCCACAUCCAAGACCCCCAAGCCCGCCGCCGCCGUCUCCCCAGCCGACGCUGAGAUAAAGACCCUACAAUCCCAGCUCGUAAAGUGCGGGAUCCGGAAGAUCUGGCAAUUUGAGCUGAAAGACUACGGAGACGAUAGCAAAGCCAAGAUCAAGCACCUGCAGAACAUGCUGAAGGAGAUGGGGAUGGAGGGACGGUUUAGCGAGGCGAGAGCGAGGGAGAUUAAGGAGAUGAGGGAGUUGGCGCAGGAUGUAGAGGCGGUGACGGAGGGGGCGAAGUUGUGGGGGAAGAGGGGGAGGAGGAGUGAGGGGAAGAAGGCGGUUAGUCAAGAGGUGGAGAGUGGGAGUGAGGAGGAAAGUGAAGAGGAGGUUAGGCCCGCGAGGAGGGCGGCGAGGAAGGAUGAUUUGGCGUUCUUGGGGGAUGAGAGUGAGUCGGAUUGAGGGGGAUAUUCGGCGUUGGAUAUCCUUCGAGGAAGACACGCCUGGCUGGGGCCUCGCUACAAAUGUGGGAAUGUCUAUGUGUAUUCAAAGCCACUGCGGUUAAUGUGCUCACUUUGCUGCUGUAUGCGUGGAGUGUAUAAUCAGCUUAUUAUAAUACUAGUUAUUAGUGCUAUUUUGUGGAUGCCUAAAAAUAAAG